GCUGUCCAGCCCGGUUUCCGCCGCUGUCCGGGACAAUUUCAAACCUUCUGUCCGCCGUCCGCUCCCCAUUUAAUCCCAGAUCCUCACCGGCUCCAGGCGCUUCAGAGCGGUGACACAGGCGGAGGUGACGCGACUGCAGAAGCUUCUCCGCACAGCCCUCCCUCCCAUCGCUCCUUUGUGAGGUUUUCAGAAGUUCGCUUUAGUUGCCAUCGUCUAUUCUCUUGGAAGAAUGAGCACCUACGCAGUGUCUCUGUCGGGCCCCGGCCCCUGGGGCUUCAGGCUGCAGGGGGGGAAGGACUUCAACAUGCCGCUGACCAUCUCCAGGAUCACACCUGGUAGCAAAGCAGCGCAGGGCAACCUGAUCCAAGGCGACAUCAUCAUCGCCAUCGAUGGCGUCAGCACCGACGGAAUGACUCAUCUGGAGGCCCAGAACAAGAUCAAGAUGGCCCUUCACAGCCUGGCCCUCACCAUGUCCAAGGCAAAGCGUCCUGUUCCGGUGGCGGCACCGAGAAUGGACAAUGUCGUUCCCAUGAUCCCUCACCAGCAGCCUCGGUCGGUGCAGGUCAACGGUGGCCUGUCGGGCCUCAGUGGCUCCUCCGGGCCUGCAGAGGCAGACUCUGCUGGAAGGAGAGCUCCAGCGCUCAGCCCCCCUCAAAGGAAGCAGUAUAACUCCCCCAUCGGCCUGUACUCGGAGCAGAGCCUGAGGGAGAUGGCAGCGAUGCAGGCGGGUCGGCCUGCGGGUUCUCUCCCAGUUAAAGAACCCCAUGUGGACGGCGCCUCCCUGGUCUACCAGGCUGUCCAGUGUGCAGAGUCGGACCUGGACCUGCUCGAAACGGGUCGCUGCAGUUCCAGCAGACAGUCCAAGUCCUUCCGGGUCCUGGCCCACAAGACGGGAACUGAAUCAUUGACAGAGGAGGAGAGGGAGGAGGCGCUGAUGAGCAGCAGCCUGAAGCGACAAGCGGCCGUUGGCCACAGCCUCCAGCACAGAGCUGCAGUGUGCAGUCAGUUCACUCAGCCCCCUGCUGUGCAUCAGGCCCCUGGACCUCAGCAGUACCAGCCAGGCCCACCUCAGCAGUACCAGCAGCUUCCACCCCAACAAGCACCCCCCACUCAGCAGAGCUCCAUUCAGAUUCCUGUUGGCUCCGCCCCUCCCAAGGUCGUCAGCACAGCCUGCAUCUACCCCUCCCAUCCAGCUCCAGCUGCUGUGCCCCCUCAGCCACGGCCUCCAGCUGCUGCCCUGGCUCCUCCAGCUGCUCCUGGCUCCUCCAACAGACCCCCCUGGGUCACUGACAACAAUUUUGCUGAUAAGUUCAACCCCGGAAAGAGCACCACCACCAUGAAGGUGCAGCCGUUGCCCCAGGCUGCACCUCCUCCACCAGCGUAUAUCCCUAACCCCUCCCCUGCUGCACCUGCAGCUCCAAGCCCCGCCCCAAUAAUCUCAAGUCCCGCCCCUUUCCCACCUGUGGCCAGGGGUGUGGCUCAAAGGGCAGAGAGGUUUGCUGCCAGCAGCCGCACUCCUCUGUGUGGCUUCUGCAACAGCGUCAUCAGGGGACCCUUCCUGGUGGCCCUCGGCCGGUCCUGGCACCCAGAAGAGUUCAACUGUCACUACUGCCACAUGUCUCUGGCUGACGUCAGCUUUGUGGAGGAACAGAAUAACGUGUACUGUGAGAACUGCUAUGAGGAGUUCUUCGCUCCGACCUGUGCCCGCUGCAGCACCAAGGUCAUGGGGGAAGUGAUGCAUGCUUUGCGGCAGACGUGGCACACCACCUGCUUCGUCUGUGCAGCCUGUGGCAAACCUUUUGGAAACAGCCUGUUCCACAUGGAAGACGGGGAGCCAUACUGUGAGAAAGAUUAUAUUGCUCUCUUUAGCACCAAGUGUCACGGCUGCGACUUCCCUGUUGAAGCUGGGGAUAAAUUCAUUGAGGCUCUGGGUCACACCUGGCAUGACACCUGCUUCGUGUGCGCGGUUUGCCAUGUGAACCUGGAGGGUCAACCCUUCUACUCCAAGAAAGACAAACCUCUGUGCAAGAAACAUGCUCACGCCAUCAACGUGUAGACGGCCUCAGAGCGACCCUGCGGCGACGCCUCAUGUUUCACAGAUGUGUGUAAAAACGUCUUUCACGUUUAGCAUGCGACAACUGUCAUGAGGUUCAGCAGCUACUGACCAGAAACAACCUUUGUACACACAUUUCACACAAAGUCCAGAAUCUAAUAAAAUAAUUGGCAAAUACAUUUUUGCAUUAUGAUGUAACUUUACGACAUGAAACCAUCAACUUUUAAAGAUAAAGAAAAAAAACGAAUUGAAAACUAAAAAGCUGAAACACUUGUGUUUAACCUAAAAAACCCAAAAAGUGAAUGAAAAGACCAUAAAACAUGUUGACAGAUCCUUGGCCCCCUGAACCAGAACAGGGUCAAAAGUCUGAAAGUAGAAAAUUAAAUUGACUUUUAUUUAUAUUUUAUUUAUUAACAACAUAUAACAUCUAAAUUAUUAAAUUUGCGUUUUUUUUAUAGUUAUGUACAAAAUGUUGUAUACUGAAUUUAUAUAUUAAUAAUGACAUUUUAAUUAUAAUCAUCUUUGUAGUGGAUUCAUUUAUACAAAACCUGAUCAAUACUUUUAUUUUGGCGGAACACUCUGGGCAAUGCUCCACAGAAGGUUCCUUUAACUUAACCUCGGUGGAAUCAUGUGUUCAUUAUGUGUCUGUUAGAGCUGUGGAGCAUUUGUUUACAUGACAUGAGGAGCAGCUUAGACUGAAGCUCUCACAGCAUCGGUUACACCUGAGCAGCUGAUGAUGACAGUGCAUGCCACAGAGAGGCUCAGAGGUGAUUGUCACUGCAGGUUCGUCUGUGUGCUGGAAAACGCGGCAAAUUCUUUUUUGGUGUAGAAACUAGAGUUGGAGGCGCAGAGUCAGUCUGGUUUCACUGCAGCUCGUAGGUUGUAGUAGGUUGGUGUCCUUCCCCUUCAUCCAUCCACUUUUCCACCGUUUCCCUUUCAUUAGUGUGUGUGUGUUUGUAUAGAUGCAUGGAUAAAGCUUCAUGAAGCAGCUGUUAACUGGCCUGAAGCUGGACGGACUUUGCUGCUGUCACUUCUCCAGGUGAACCUGCUCAGGUAGUGAGUGUGAAGAAGCUGCUCAUCCUGGUUUGACUUCACAUCCAGCAAAUGGCCUUGACUUAUGUAUUUAUUGACUGUGUGAUUAUGAUUUCAAGGCUAAGCUUUUCUUCAUGCUGUUGUUUUGGGGACACUUGGCAUCACUUGAAGUAUUUUCAGUUUAAAGUCUAAGAUUGUUUUUUAUUCACACUGUAAAUUUUGGUUCUGAUUGGUAGAAGCUUGAAUGAUUGUUUUUAAGGGUGACUAUUUACACUACAGGCCUUUAACUAGUUUCCUACACUUUUUGAGGGCUGAUGUACGUUGCUGUGGCAACACUGUGUUCCCUGUCCUUCACCUUGUGCACACUAUGUUUUAGGGAAUACUGACUUCAGGCUUUGACAGGACAAGACAAGUCUUGAAUUUGGAAUCUGGAAACUCAGACGUGGAAGCUGAUUAUUGAGGAGCAUCGUCAGGCACUAAACAUACACCAGUGUUUUUCUAUUUUCUCCAGGAUUUCUCAGUGUUGGAUCAGCACAUGACCCGGUUCAGAUCCUGUUAAUUUGCUCCAGAAUCGCUGUGUUGUUCUGCUGUGUGAUUUCAGAUGAACACUUCCAUCUCCCUGCUGUGUCUGUUGUGUCUGAGGAGGCUCAGUCUGUACAGUGCUGUACAGUUUUUACUUUGAGUAUUUUAUACACGUUGUGGGUUUGUGUUUCAAAGGAAAUGUGUGCAAGCAGCAUGUGUUUGUAUUGGCCACUAGUUAAACAUGAUGUCUGGAGAAGGAUUCAGCCUCUGCUCACUGAGGCUUAUUUAGCAGCUUCAGAAUAAUUAUUGGAUGUAUGUGCAAAGAUUUGAAUAAAUGAGCACCUGAGCUUUAGAGGAUUGUGAUUGUUUGACCCAAUGUAUUUUCUUUGAUAACAUGUUUUUGAAGAUGAAUCUGUUCAGUUCUUUAAUAUGAAUGUCUGACUGAAUUCAUCUAAGAAGUACAAACAUUUGAAAUAAAAUUGUUUGUUUGUCAAAGUACAA